CAGCUGCACAUGCAUGGUAAUUAUGAAAAGAGGAAGCAAGACUUUUGUUUUAUCAGCUCAUACAGAUAAAGUGUCCUUAAGAAGAGACAAGUUCUCUUUUGAGACAGUAUCCCUCCUUUGAAAAACUAAACUGACAUGUUUUAACACAAAGAGAGAUGAGCGCAGGAGAUAUGAGAUUAAUAGCAGCCGUGAGUGGGUUUGUCAUCUUCCUGCUGUCUGCGUCAGUGAUUCAGGGUCUGAAUGACUGGGGGGUGACUUACUCUCACACUCAGAUCUGUGCCAUAAAAGGAUCAACGGUGGAAAUACACUGCAGCUAUACGUACCCAUCCAGAACAAAUUACGGUUACAGAACAGUUGAGAGGGCAUUCUGGAUUACUGACAGGUGGGAAGGACAACUGGUGGAUCUGAGAACAGACCCAGAGUAUGCAGGUCGAGUGCAGUACAGUUAUGACAACAACCAAUGCACUCUGAGAAUCAGCGACGUGAGAGAGAGCGAUCGGGCUGUGUACAAGUUCAGGUUCAUGACAAACCGACCAGACGUGAGAUAUACCGGUGAACCUGGAGUCACUUUGUCCGUCACAGGUUUACAGGUGCAGAUCGGCAAAAUAAGUUCAUGGACAAGCAACUGUAAAUCGGUUAAACUUAAGUGUCACAGCAGUUGUUUAACUGACCAAACUUCCUACAUCUGGUACAAGGACAGAAAGAAGAUGAAAGAGUCAGGCCAGAACUCAUCAGGCUGCUUUUAUCGUGGAGAAAGCACAGCCUGUGCUGCAAGAGAACAUGAGGCCUCCCUGUCGCCGUCACUGUGUGUUUUUGAUACAAACUGCAACAGAGUGGCAUACGCUGACAGAAGAAUCUGUGCCUUCAAAGGCUCGUCUGUGGACAUUUCUUGCAGACAUAAUUAUAAUUAUGUCAGAUAUAAAUUCUGGUUCAACCCUGAGCGUAAUCAUCAUUGGCGGGAUCACACACAACCUGAGGACCUUACAAAAGACUUUCACUAUAAAGGUCGUGUUCGGUUCCGUGCAGAAGAGGAAAGACGCUCCACUUUGACAAUCACUGACCUGAGAGAGAACGAUUCAGCCGAGUAUCACUUCAAAUUCACAACAGAAAGAUUUGAAUUGGGGAGCAGUUCACCUGGAACAACUCUGACCGUCACAGAUUCAGAUUUACAGGUGCAGGUGAUCUGGUCUUCAACGGGUCCAAGGCUGAUUUGUCACAGCAGCUGUCUUCCUAUCGCCCGUUUGUCAUUUGUUUGGUACAAGAAUAAAACAAAAAAGAUCCAGGGUGAAACAUCUACAUUUUACAGAGGAUACGUUGAUCCCGCCGACAGUUAUUCCUGUGCUUACCAGAGCUACCGCUCUCCUCCAGUGUAUGCUCCGACGGUUCCCUUACUGAAGGUUGGUUCCCCUGGUGAGAUCAUGAAGGACAAUUCAGUGACUCUGACCUGUAGCAGUGAUGCUAACCCAGAAGUUAAAUACACCUGGUUCAAGGAGAACCAAUCACUGCUCAGUAAAGAACCUGAGCUCGUCUUCAGCUCCAUCCAGUCCUCUGACUCUGGAGAGUAUUACUGCACAGCUGAGAACGAGCUGGGGAGGAAGACAUCUGAACACAUCUCUAUUAAUGUGACAUAUGCUCCAAAGCUUCCCUCUGUGUCAGUGAGUCCCUCUGAUGAGAUAGUGGAGGGCAGUUCAGUGACUCUGACCUGUAGCAGUGAUGCUAACCCAGCAGCUAACUACACCUGGUACAAGGAGAACCAGAUAAUACUUCAGGGACCAGAAAGCAUUCAUCAUUUCACCUCCAUCAGCUCUGAGGACAGCGGGAACUACCACUGCCAAUCUGAGAAUCACUACGGACGGGUCAAAUCUACGUCUGUCGCCUUAGACGUCCAGUAUGCUCCAAAGCUUCCCUCUGUGUCAGUGAGUCCCUCUGAUGAGAUAGUGGAGGGCAGUUCAGUGAAUCUGACCUGUAGCAGUGAUGCUAACCCAGCAGCUAACUACACCUGGUACAAGGAGGGUGAAGACUCACCAAAAGCAUCAGGACAGAUCUUCACCAUCACUGACUUCAGAGCUGAACACAGUGGGAAUUAUUACUGUGAAGCCCAGAACAACAGAGGACGUAGUAACUCCACCUUACAUCUGACCGUUUUGGCAGGAGCAUUGAAAUCAGCAGCCGCAGGGACAAUCACUGCUGUUCUUCUGGCAAUUGUGCUCCUUGCUGUCUUCCUAUGGAUGAGGAGAAAGAAGUCCUUCACACAGCAGUCUAGUGGUGGAGAGAGACCCAACAACAGAGCACAGCUAAACAUGGAUGUAGUGUAUGACGUCCCGCCUGCUCCAACAAUCAGACAACCAGAGAAGAUCAUCUCCUCUACUCCAGCGUCCGCUUCGCCCAGAAGCAGGAAGACGCCCUCUACUCCAACGGUCGGUGACCGGCUGUGGACGGUGGAGACCGGCGGCGGGUUGUUGGGCCGAGGAGGUCAUGGUUUGCGGGGAUGUACUGGAGUGUACUGCUGCACCUGGAUACGCCUGGGAGGCUCGCGACCCCUCGACAAAGAUGAGUUAUUCUAA